AUGGAGAGGAGUGAUAUUUACUACCCAGAAGAGUUCAUCCUUAUUGGAUUCAUGGAUCACCCAGAGCUGAGGGUCCCUCUCUUCAUGUUGUUCCUUGUCAUCUAUCUAGCCACUCUUAUAGGAAACAUUGGGAUAAUUUUAUUGACCAGGAUUGAUACUCAGCUUCACACUCCCAUGUAUUUUUUUCUUAGAAACCUCUCCAUUGUAGACAUUGGCUAUUCUACUGCAAUUGCCCCCAAGUUGUUGGCAACCUUUCUGGCAGAGAGUAAAAGCAUUUCCUUCUCAGGAUGUGCUGUGCAAUUUUUCUUUUUCUGUGUCUUUGUAACCACUGAAGGUUGUCUUCUGGCUGUGAUGGCAUAUGAUCGCUUCAUAGCCAUCUGUAACCCGUUGCUCUACUUUGCUAUUAUGUCUAAAAAAAUUUGCACUAUAUUACUUGUAGGGGCAUAUACCUGUGGCUUGGCAAGUUCUACUGUUCACACUAUUUUGAUAUUUAGUUUGUCUUUCUGCAGUUCAAAUAUCAUUAAUCACUUUUUCUGUGACGUUCCACCAAUGCUCAAGUUGUCUUGUUCAGACACCCAUGUCACUCACACCGUACAUUUCAUUUUAUCCACUGCGAUUGCACUGACUACUUUUCUGAUUGUCUUGGUCUCUUACAUUGCCAUUGUUUUUGCCAUCCUCCGGAUCCGCUCUUCUCAAGGCAGACACAAAGCCUUCUCCACCUGUGCCUCCCACUUGACCACUGUUACUAUCUUCUUUGGAACCAUCAUCUUCAUGUAUAUUCGUCCUGGUUCCAAUUUCUCAACGGAUCAGGACAAAAUUGUAUCUAUGUUUUAUACACUUGUGAUUUCCCUGCUCAAUCCACUAAUUUACAGCCUGAGGAACAAAGACGUAAAGGAUGCCAUUUGUAGGAUAGCAGAUAGAGUAACAUUUCUGAAUUAA